AAUCUCCAAUAUCUCCCUCCUCUACCCAAUGCUAUGCCUCUCUUCCUCUCCCCGCCUCUCCUCCGCCGCUUCUUCUUUUUCCCCUUCCCUUUCUCACCUCCACGCCAUCUCCAUCUCGCUGCCGUGUCGUCGUCGCCCGCCUCGAUGCCCUCCGGGGACAGCGGCGAUGGGAUUGCCAAGAAGGGGCGGCUGCGCGGCCUGGUGUUCGACAUGGAUGGGACCCUGACGGUGCCCGUGAUCGACUUCGGCGCCAUGUACAAGGCCGUCCUGGGGGAGGAGGGCUACGCCACCUACCGCGCCGCCAGCGCCUCCGGCGGAGGCGUCGACAUCCUCCACCACAUCGAGGCGUGGCCGCCGCCGGAGCAGCAGCGUGCCUACGAGAUCAUCGCUCGGUUCGAGCGCCAGGGCCUUGAUCGCCUCCAGAUUAUGCCCGGUGCUUUGGAACUUUGCAGGUACCUGGAUUCUAGGCAAAUAAGGAGAGGUUUAAUAACUCGCAAUGUCAAGUCUGCAGUUGACAUAUUUCAUCAGCGAUUUGGGAUGGAAUUCAUCCCAGCACUAAGUAGGGAAUUUCGUCCUUAUAAGCCAGACCCAGCUCCGUUGUUACAUAUAUGUUCAAUUUGGGGUGUUCCUCCAAGUCAAGUCAUGAUGAUAGGUGACAGCCUUAGAGAUGAUGUGGUUUGUGGGAAACGAGCAGGAGCCUUCACAUGCUUGCUUGAUGAAACAGGGAGGUAUGGCUCUCCUCAUUCUUACACCGAUGAUACAAGACCGGAUUUCAAGGUGUCUUCGCUUUCUCAAGUGCUUUCUUUGCUGGAAACCCAAUUCGAUCUAAUGCCACCACCUCAAACAACAUAGAUCAUCUUCUUCCGUAUGUUGCUAAAUUCCUUUUGUAUUUAUUAUGCUGUGCUGCUUUGAUCAACCUGACCUCGGUUGAUCAUCAGCAUGGCCUUUCAAUCUUGAUCGAAAUAUUAGCUACGCAUAAAAUCUCAUGUGCCGUAGCUGAGUUGCAACUCUUAAGCUUCCUGAGGUACUAAUUUUCGAGCGACUUUAGGAAGCCUGAACUUGUAUGAUCAAACAUGACAUUGUUUAGGAAACUUGCUGACAAUGGUAACACGCUUUUUUUUGGGGUUCUGAAA